CUAACCACCUUCUUCCACUUAACCAUCCACAACCUGCAAACACCGCACAACUUUAACCCCCCACCAUCAGCCUGAAAACCCUGCAGCUCUCUGCAACGCCACUGUUCCGCACGCAGGCGGCGGAAAGAUCACGCGCCUAGGGUUCGGCACCGCCCCCCAUCGAAAUCGGCGGCGGCGCCGAGGGCCCCGCAGCAAUGCGACCGCCGCCCGCGGCGAUGACGGCCUCCUCGUCGGAGAAGAAGGCGGCGGCGAAGCGGAGGAGCGGACCACCGAGGCCCCGAGGGAGGAAGUCGCAGCUCGCGCUUCUCGGGGGGUGCUCACCUGGAAAUGCAUUUGCUCCACAUAUACUGCUUAUCAAUCGGGGAGAGGAUAUUACCUCCAAGAUUAUGCUGUUAUCAGAGCUGCAUUCCAAAUCCAUCUGUAUUCUAUCAGCCAAUGGCCCAUUAUCAGCUAUAACCCUCCGUCUAUCUUCACAUUCAGGUGGCCUUGACAAUGCAGUUUACCAGGGUCAGUUUGAGGUAAUUUCACUAAAAGGCUCUUAUCUGCUGUCUGAUGAUGGUGGCUCAGGAAACAGCAAUGGGGGUUUAAGCAUUAUGGUUUCUACUCCUUGUGGCAGCUUGUUUGGAGGUAGCGUUGGAGGGCCGCUGAUCGCUGCAGACCCUGUGCAGGUAAUUGCUGGAAGCUUCAAUUACACGGUGACAGAGGAAAAGAAGGAGCCAAAGACCAGUGACAGCCAACUUAAUGAGCUGAAAGUACCUUGGGAGCUGGAUGCAAUGCCUUAUGAACCAUUUUCACCUUUGCCUCUGUUUGGGUGGUCCAGGAUUGAAGAUGUCAAACUUGACCGCCAUGACUUUGACCUGACCAAUGGUUAGCACCUGGCUUCACCAUGCUGCGACAUAUGCAUGAAGAUAAUACAUGGAGAUAUAACGUAACAGUUGUAAGGGCAAGCUAUUAAAAACUUUGGUUUCCAAAGAUAUUUUGUGGGCGGAAGUGUACUUCCAAACUCAAAUUCGCGGAGCAAGAGUAGUUCUAAAUUCUAACUAAGACUUCUAGAGACGUGUAAAAUUGAUAUGUCGUUUGCUAAGUCGGGUACGACGGUGUAGUUCUGCAGAUUUUUAUCGGUGAGAGCUAUAAACUAGUAAUAGCAAGUCAUUUUAUGUCGAAGGGUUAUGAAAUGCACAUUCAGAACA